AUGGCCGGCGGUUUCUCCCCUCCGUGUGAAGUGGACGUUGACGUUCAGCUACCGGGCAGUGAGCGGUGCCUGCGCAUAAAUGGUAUUCCGAUUACCAGCACUGUUGAGGAAGCGCUAACCCGUGUGUGGUCUCUUCUGAGGCUGCUAAAGCACUGCAGCUCCGCUUGCAGCGACACCAGCCGUAGUAGUAGUAGUAGUAGUAGUAGUAGGAUUGGUGACAGUAAUGUGUGGACUGUUUCCCGCUUACAGUGUGAAGCGGCUGCACGUGAGGAGCAGGUACGUCUUGCAGCAAGGGGUGUGUACCACAACGAUGCCCCUGUCAGGCGCCACCCAUCAGAAUUCAUGAUGCUAACACUGCAGGGGGUUCUGCAGAAGUACCCAAACACGUUCGGCACCCGCAAAGGUGCUGGUGUGUUCAUCAUGGUGGUUUAUGAAAAAGAUGGGAUGAUGCCACCGUUCCUCAUAAACUCUUGCGCGGAGCGGCGGCAGAAACAACAACUGCAGGAGGACCCGCUGGCGGCAACUCCACCGAAGGCAAACGCUGCGGUAAUCACGCACGCACGUGAGGAGGCCCAGGAGGGCGAUGACGAAAACGACAGCACUCCGCGUCUGCUUGGAGUCGUGGAGGAGGAAGAGAUGACUGAUGAUGACGGCGACAACAACGCAAGGUUUGUGGGUGCAUAUAUACUCUGCGGCGCCUAG